CUUAGCUGACCAAUGCAUCCUUUUCUUGCGAUGAGCUGCAUCUUGAUCAUUCAUAAGCAUAUAUCCAUGGCUUGAAUCAAUUUAAUCGCUUAUUAAGCUUGGCGGAGUUAUGUAUCUACACACAGUAGAUGAGAUUUCAGAAUGACACACAGGUUUUAUAUAAAGCGAACCGAGUACCACCUUGAAUGUAGACCACCCAGCAGUUCCAAACAUCAAAGGUUUCCCCAAACUAACUCAACUUGACCGAAAAACAUCAACUAUGACGGCCACAAUUGGAAUUGCUGGAAUCACCUCCAAGUUCGCUCGUCUCCUCACAGUGCGUCUUCUCCAGAAUCCUUCCGUUCAGAUUCAUGGCUACAGUCGCGACCUCAGCAAGCUUCCACUUUCCAUCACAUCUUCCUCUCGCAUCCAACUCAUUCAAGGAGAUGCGUUCGAAAUUUCCAAAAUACAUUCUUUCGUCAAAUCCUGCAAUGUAGUGAUAUGCUGCUACAGAAGCGAUUACUAUCUGGGAGACGACAAUCUCAUGCUCGAUGGCCAAAAGAAUCUAAUCGAUGCCUGCGAAUCCGAAGGAGUGCCAAGAUACAUUGCAAGCGAUUGGACAUUCGAUUACACAAAAAUAGGACUAGGUGAAAUCCCACUCAAGGAUGCUAUGAUACUCGUGAAGAGCUAUCUUGAAACCAAGGAUCAUGUCAAAGGUGUUCAUAUUUUGACCGGCCCUUUUAUAGAAGCCAUGCUCCAUCCAAUUUUAGGAAUUUGGGACUCGGCUGCUGUAAAGUUUCGAUAUUGGGGAAAUGGGGAUGAAGUACUCGAAGGGACGAUUUAUGAGGAUGCGGCCGCCUUUACAGCAGCAAUUGCAAUCGAUGAAAGUGCUGUCGGGGUGAAAAGAGGUUUGUCCUAUGUCGUCGUACAACCAUUUACAAGCUAACUGGGAAUAGUUCUUGGUGGAGCUUCAAGUAUUACUCAAAUUGCUGCUUCUUACGAGAAGGUGUACGGCAUCAAGCCAGCGCUUGAAUCUCGCGGGUCGUUGGAAACUUUACGUCAGCGCGUGCAAGAACUGGCUGCAGAGACACCACAAAAUCCGGCCGUAUAUACCCCACUGUAUGUUUUCCUGAACCUUACCUUUGCCGGGGAUACUAAUUUCAUACAGGCUUUAUCAAUAUUACAUCAUGAGCGGGAAAACAUCGGUGGGCCCUGGUUUGGACAAUACUACAUAUCCAACGGUCAAGGCACAGAAUUGGGAGAACUUCUUGAGACUUCACCCUAAGGAGUACCUAGACAGGUCUUAUGAAUCUGCCACUGAAGCAGUUUGAGGAGGGCCCUGUGAUCCUUUAGGCAAAAGGUACUGUAAGUGAAUUGGCAAAGCGCUAGCGAGAAGGAAAUCAGCGCGCCAAUUUAUGAUAUAUUAAGUUAUACUAUUCUUCUUCAAUUUCACAUAAAAUGAGCGAUCGCCUAGGGAUACUGUACAUGGCUUCAUACUCCCAAAUGCUUAAAGUGUGAUUCGCCCCGCUAUGUAAGAUUUACACAUGCGAUCGAAUUCGCACAUAAAA